AGGGGAUACGUUCAGUUCGAGGGCAGCCAGCCCGUUUGACAAGGAAAUGACGCUGCCCUGCCCACGUGUUCUCAGCUCCGGGCCCGACGGGGACUAAAGGUAGCGCCCUGAGCGGGUCCCACGGAAAGCGGCCACAAGCAUUAACGCUACGAGCCCGCCCCGGUCCCAUGCGUUGCUACGCGACGGCUGCCGGCGGGAGCAUUGAUUGGUGGAUUGGAUGUAACAGACUGCCCCCUGGGCCACUCAGCGGCCAGGGCUUCCUACUUCCGGGGGGAGAGCGACUUCUCCCCUGGACGACUUUGAUGACCGACCCAUGCAAUAUGGCUGCCUCCGAAGAGCUGCUGGGGGCUGGGUGAGAAGGAGGGAGCGUUUGUUACAGCUUCACCCGAGAUCCUCACAGCGAUGGCACUUCGGUCGCGGCUUUGGGAGGUGGUGUCGGUUAGCAGGAGCCGCGGGUGCGGGCUCGCAGCCCUCUCGACCAGGUCCACGCCAGCCGUGACACCGCAGGUGGACCCUCAGGAGAACGAAGCCGUGGCUCCGGAGUUCACCAACCGGAAUCCCCGCAAUCUGGAGCUCUUAGCGGUCGCCAGGAAGGAGCGGGGCUGGGGGACGGUGUGGCCCUCGCGGGAGUUCUGGCACAGGUUGCGAGUGACAAGAACUCAGCAUCAUGUGGAAGCACUUGUUGAGCACCGCAGUGGCCAGGUGGUGGUCUCGGCAUCCACCCGAGAGUGGGCUAUUAAGAAGCACCUGUACAGCACCAGGAACGUGGUGGCCUGUGAGACCAUAGGCCGGGUGCUGGCCCAGAGGUGCCUGGAAGCAGGGAUCCACUUCAUGGUCUACCAGCCCACUCCUUGGGAGGCAGCCUCGGACUCGAUGAAAUGCCUGCAGAAUGCCAUGACGGAAGGUGGUGUGGUGCUGCAGGAGCCUCGGCGGAUCUAUGAAUGAGACACGGGCACUGCCAGUGCCUGUCUGCGCGAAUACAGAACCAGGAGCCGCUGCAGACACGGCCACCACCGCAGGCGGGCAGCCCCGGGGCAGAGCCGUCACUCACGCGGGAUGCAGGCCUGCCUUCUGCCCGGUGUGUUGUGCUUUUUUAAGUCAAGGUCUUAAUUCUUCCUCUCUUGGACAUGAGAGAAGUAUUCAGAAGUUACCAACUGUAAUUAACUUUGGAGGGACAAAAGUUGUUUUUUUAUAAGCUAUAAAAUAAAAUCACAUUAUGUCCUCUUA